GUUCCUGAGCGAAGUUUAGAGAGAGAAAGAGAGAUAGUGGUGGGAGAGACAAAGAAAGAAAGCAAGAAAAGCAAAGAAAGAGAGAGAAGAGUUUCAGAGCUUCAGAGCACCUCCUCCUUCUUUUCUCCUUCCUCACUGUACCUUUCUACAUUUUCCUCUGCCUUUUUCCAACUUUUUCUUUUCUUCCAAGGCUAAAAAGGAUUAAUAUUGAUUGGAGGAUGAUUUGUGAGUGAUUGCUUAUGAAAAAGGGAAUUGAGAAGUAAACUUCAGCUUGGGAUCAAUGGGUAGGAAGAGAUCUGUGUUAGAGUACAAGAACUUGAAGAUCCAUGGACAGGUUUCAUUGGGGUUGAUAUUGAUCUGCUUGGCUCAAGUUUCUCUUGGAGCCACUAGUCCUACUGAUGUUGCUGCAAUUAACAACUUACAUGCUGCACUUGGCACGCCUGUUCUUCCUGGGUGGACUUCAGCUGGAGGAGACCCAUGUGGUGAAACAUGGCAAGGCGUUCAGUGUAACGAUUCUGUAAUAUUGGGAAUAGUUCUUAAUGGCGCUAAUUUGGGAGGACAACUGGGUGAAAACUUAGGAAUGUUUGCUUCAAUACAGGCAAUAGAUCUAAGCAACAACCAUAUUGGGGGAAGCAUUCCAUCCAAUUUACCUGUUAGCUUGAGAAACUUUUUUCUUUCAGCUAACCAAUUCACUGGAAGCAUCCCAGAUUCUCUAGCUUCGUUGGCUGAACUCACAGACAUGUCUCUUAACAAUAAUCUUUUAACUGGAGAAAUACCAGAUUCCUUUCAGAGCAUCACAGGGUUGAUCAAUUUAGAUUUGUCCAGUAACAAUUUGAGCGGGCAACUGCCACCCUCCCUAAAAAGCCUAGUAUCUCUGACCACUCUACAUUUGCAGAACAAUCAGCUGUCUGGAACCCUAGACGUUUUGCAGGAUCUUCCCCUAAGUGACCUGAAUAUAGAGAAUAACCUUUUCGCUGGACCCAUACCUGAAAAGUUGCUGAAUAUCCCAAAUUUCAGAAAAGAUGGGAAUCCAUUCAAUUCUUCUAUUGCUCCAGUCCCUCCACCCACAUCUCUGUCGACUCCACCCCCACCUCCACAGUCUUUUUGGGGACCACCUACUGGAAAACCACCUGGCAGAACACCUGGAAGAACACCUGGGAAACAGGCUGAUGGACCAUCUUCACAAGAUACAUCAAAUUCUGGAAAAUCAAAGAAAUUUUUAACUACUAAAAGAGUAGUUGGGAUAUCAAUUGGUGGGGUCUUGCUUCUUGUUAUUUUGGUACUAGCAAUUUUGUUUUUUAUGCCAAGACGUGGCAGAAGAGAAGAGGCGGACAGAAUUUCCAAGCGGCAUCAAAUAGGUGCAUAUAUAGGUGACAGGGAGAACCCUCCCAGGGACAAUGGCUCCUUGGUUCAACCAACCAAUCUAAUACAGAAAGUUCCGAAAGAGGCAGUUGUGAGGCCCAAAGAGGAUAAUGAAACAGAAACCAGAAGAACAUGGGCAAUUCCAAAGCCAAAUGAUGAGCAAGAUAGAAAUGUCCAAAGGACGGGCACAGUAACAAGGCAAGAGUCUGAUUUGAGUGCACUUGAUAUGUAUUUGACGCCUCCUCCUCCUCCUCCUCCCCCUCCUCCCCCUCCUCCACCACCACCUGUUGAGAAGGUCAUUGUGAAGCCAUUUGUGCCAACUGAACUGCCUAAACUGAAGCCUUCCACUAAAAAUCCAAACCUUGCAAUUUUUGCGAAGUCUUUUACCAUUGCUUCCCUUCAGCAAUAUACAAACAGCUUUUCUCCUGAUAAUCUUCUAGGAGCAGGCAUGCUGGGAAGUGUCUAUAGGGCACAGCUUCCUAAUGGAAAGCUACUUGCAGUCAAGAAAUUGGACAAGAGAGCUUCCAGUCAGCAGAAGGAUGAUGAGUUUCUUGAACUGGUAAACAACAUUGACAGAAUCCGGCAUGCUAAUGUUGUUGAGCUCAUUGGUUACUGUGCAGAGCAUGGUCAAAGGCUUCUUAUCUACGAGUACUGCAGUAAUGGUUCACUGCAUGAUGCUCUGCACGUAGAUGAUGAAUUUAAGAAGAAACUGCCAUGGAAUGCUCGUAUUAGAAUGGCACUUGGAGCUGCAAGAGCCUUAGAGUAUUUACAUGAGGUCUGUCAGCCACCUAUUGUACACAGGAAUUUCAAGUCUGCCAACCUUCUCCUUGAUGAUGACCUUUCCGUGCGCGUUUCUGACUGUGGCUUGGCUCCAUUGAUAUCAUCAGGUUCUGUAAGUCAGGUAAGUCAUAUUUCUACAUUUUUUUUUGCAGAUGGUUUUGUAGCUUUAGGUCAUUCAUGUUGGUUGAUUUCGCCUUCUGAUCUUGAAGCUUGCUUAUGUCCAGACCACUCUUCCGUAUUACUUCUUUUUCAAAAGUUGUCAGGACAUCUGCUAUCGGCUUAUGGUUACGGAGCUCCAGAAUUCGAGUCAGGAAUUUAUACUCAUCAGAGUGAUGUUUACAGCUUUGGGGUGGUAAUGCUGGAAUUAUUAACAGGCCGGAAGUCCCAUGACAGCACAAGGAAUCGAGGGGAGCAAUUCCUUGUUAGAUGGGCCACUACUCAGCUUCAUGACAUCGAUGCAUUAUCAAGGAUGGUCGAUCCUUCUCUAAAUGGACAAUAUCCUACGAAGUCUUUAUCACACUUUGCAGACAUUAUAUCUCGAUGUGUUCAGUCGGAGCCAGAGUUCAGGCCACUGAUGUCUGAAGUCGUGCAAGACCUAUUAGACAUGAUACGGCGAGAGCCUCACGGCAGUGGAUCAAGUGAAGAUUGACUUCUUUGUGAAAUGAAGACCUAAUGACCAGAUUAUCAAUGAUGGGGGGUGCGUUGGUUGUGACUACGGCUAUAACCCAGAAGAUACAUCCUUUGUAAACAGGCUGCAGAUGAUGGCCCCAAACUUACACCACCAACAUCUGCGUCGCAACCUUCUUUACUGCGACCAGCUGCACGAAGUUCUGGAUGUGAACAUUCCAACAGUCCGAUUUUGGUAUUCAAUACUCUGUGGUCAUUCUAUUGUUUGUCUGUCCUGCAAAGUUGAGCUAACCCAAUUGUUUAGCUAUUAUUAUUUGUCAAUUGUCACUAUAAAUUCUUGGUAGUGAAACGUUUUCAGCUUGCUCUGUGAUGCCUCACGAACUUGGUUUCUACCGAUUCAAAAUGUAAUCUAUUCCAUUUUAUAACACAUACACAUCAUGAGUUUUGUAAAGGAUGGGUUAAAUUCGAUUUUCUCCGCCAUUUCAGGUUGUUAGCGCA